CUAUGGUGUGGCACGUAGCCAUCUGCAAAGAAGCCCGUGACGCUAGAUUCGGCCUCAAGCUUGCCGAGUGCACUAUAGCUCAGAAUGAGGUACUGGUUGUCACUGAAGAUCCUAUCAUCAACCUUCCUGCCGAUCGAGCUAACUCUGAUCUACCACCGGAUCGAUGCAUCAGACGUGGAUGCUUAGUCUUGGCCUCCAACUACACACGUAACGACAAUCGUAAAGCCACUAUGGUCUGGAUGAGGGACCGCACUGUUGUUGCCCAAGUGACCUCUAUGCUUGAUCCUGAUAAACCCUCUUGGCUUACUAUGGCUGCCUUGAAAAGAGAUCUCCCUCACAAGGUGUAUGUCGAGCUGUUUAUUGAUUCCCAAGAUACUCCUCUGAAGGGCGAUACUCAGUACAAGUCCGCCGACCUCACCCCAACUACAGUCUCGAGCCGUUCUGCCGUUCUGGACGAUGGUGUUCCAGACAGCAGCGACGGUGAGGAAGACUUCGGUCUUCUACAAGAAAAACGCCAAUCUCUCUUGAGGAGCCUCAAGCGUCGGUAUCUGACCACUGAACUUGGCCGUUUCUUCCACCGUGGGAAGAUUGGUCCCAACGGUUCGUAUAACAGCAUGAAGUUCUAAGCAUAGACUUGCUUCCAGACUUUGUGCAUAUUCUCCCAUCAUCAUCGAUCCGUGUGCUUCUUCCGUGUAUUAAGUGCAUGCUAUCUAUUUCAACAGCGUCUCACAGUUUGUAUACUGUAUAGUAAUUGCGAACUCUAUAGGAAUACCUGAGCCUUCGUAUUUACGUAAGUUAUCGUCUCAUCAUACUCCACUGCUAGUACAUACUCUUGACUGACCGUAUACUACUACCUUUAUCGCGUCUCGCAUGAUGCAUAGUUUGACUGGAAGGAGCAAGACAGUAACUACUGUCUGAUAUUUGAUUGAUAUUAAGUAUUCCCGUGAUCAUUGUUAUCAUACUCCAACAGUAGGGGACAUCAG